UCCAAUCUUUGGACUAUACUAGCACGGCAUUCAUUAGCCUGCUGCCCUUCCUUGUCAGAACUGACAUCCGCUCUUCCGAGAACGCCUGCCUCUAAACAAUCCUUAUCGACAGACAAGACAAGAAUUCGUCGUCGAAACACCAUUUUUCACACCAAUCUCUUCUAGAUUUCACGGGACUAUCGAGAUCCAUACUUAUCUCUCCUUUUUCCAAAACUCAAAGUCAAUAUCAACAUUCUCCGCUAAGAAACCAAACCGCUAAAAUGAUGUCCGUCACCAAGAUCGUCGCCGCCCUCUCCAUGACUAUCGGCUACGCCCUCGCCUUCAACGGCGACCUAACCUACUACCAGCCCGGCCUCGGCUCCUGCGGCGAGCAGAGCUCCAGCUCCGACCACAUCGUCGCACUCGCCCCCGCCCAGUUCACGAGUGACCCCAACGCCUGCGGUAAGACUAUACAGAUCACGUAUAACGGUAAGACAACGACCGCCAAGGUCGUCGACAAGUGUAUGGGCUGCAACGACGAUUCCAUCGACGUCAGCACCGCAGUCUUCACCGAACUCGCCGAUCUGUCCGCCGGCCGCGUCCAAGUCGAGUGGGACUACGCCUCGUAA